UUCCCACAAUGCAUCGCAGGAAACGUCACAAACUCGCGACUCAACGUGGAUUUCUGUGGUGUCGCAGCCCAACAUGCAUACUCACCACGUUUGUAUGAAUCUAGACCUAAGUUCACACUCUUCCUGGCUCCUCCAGCUCUGACGUCGUGUGCGGGAGAUUCUUUAGGUUUCGUUUACAACUUUCUGUGGAGGAAGACAUUUUAACUGCGGGGUUUCCUUCGUCGCAGCAGGAAACAGAUUGAAAAUGAAAACUGUCCACAGCGAAACAUCCGCCAACUUCCUGCUGCACGCGUCUCUGCUGUAUAAGGACACGUGUCCGGAGCUGUCACGGUUCUACCUGCAGGGGUCUGUGAAUGCCAAUAAGAAGGUGAAGAAGAAAUCCACCUGCCCGUCGCAGAGCACCUCGGUGUGUUCGUACUGUUAUCAGUGGCUGCAGCCCAACAAUCACAGGAUCCGGCUGCGGCCGAAGCAGCGUCCAUCAGCACGGGUGUGGAGCAUCCUGCGCAGACAUGCCAAGGGGAAACAUCUCAGCCUGGCACAGAAAAAUCUGCUGCGCCGCUUCCAAAAGUCUUCCUCAGUUCUGAUGGCCACCUGCCACACCUGUAAUAAGACUUCCAGACACAAAGGAAUGAACAGGGACUUCAUAGCAACCAUCGCAAAGACCCAUGGCACCCCGGGGAGCCACGGCAAACACCGGACUCCACAGUCCACCAGCAAGUCCAACAUGACUACCCCUAAAACUCCUAGCAAAGACAAGACACCUGCUCACACACCCAGAUCGUCCACCUCCUCCAACACUUCAGGGUCGGGCUCAUCUUCCUCCAAGACUCCCUCCAAAUCUAAAAACUGGGUUGUCCAGCGUCUCAGCAAGAUUCUCAUGCGCGAGGACAACAAGAGCAGCAAGAAGGGCGGCUUGAAAGAUUUUCUGUCCUCACUUUAAGUGUCUCUUACAUACUGAAAAAAAACAAACAGUGCUUGGACCUGUUCUGUAACUGAGGGGGAACUAAAGAGAGUAACUUUGGUUUCAGAGCCUGUGUGGAAAAGCUCUCAGUUUGCCCGCCAACACACAACUAUUGCUGGGCUAUGUGGAAUGGCGCUUGUGGAAUCCUGAAUGUAGAAAAUGGCAGCACGGGGGGGGCUGGUUAUUUCACCUGUAAAUCAGGGUUAUUGUAUCCUCUGCUGAUCAGAGGAGCGAGUUUCUUUUGUCUAAUUUCGCACACGCCUCUUAUGAUCUCCUGAACAGGUGAUUUUUCUUUAAGUGGAAUGUCUGAGGAUUUUUUUUAAUUAUUUAUCAAAUGGCUGAAACAUCACAGGAAACAUUUCUUUGCUCUGUGGUGGUGUGUGUGGCAUAUGAGCUGGUUUACAUGCCAAUGGCCUCCUCCAUUUUGGAUUUUCUUUUCUAAAGUCACAAUUAUACCUUUAUGUAACAUAAAAGUGUUUGGUAUUCAUACUACUUGAUGUUAAAAAAAUUUGUAUUUGAAUGUUUUUACUUGCUUUAUUUUUACUCAGUAUGUGUGUCUGUAUUUUAAAGCUGCUGGCUAAACUUUCACUGAUAUGCUGUAAAUAUGUUGUUAAUUCUGUUGCAUUUUUGUAAAAGAUAUUGAGCCUGUCACCAGUGACCAUCAAUAGUGGGACUCACCAGUUGUUGUUUACGUUAUUUAGGCUCCUCUGCCUGAACCUGUACACACAAGACUCAUUGACAUCUCGUCAGGGCUUUCAGAUUUCUUUAAAUAUUUUCUUUGAGUAUGAAUUUGUCUGUUGUUAAGAGCAGAAAUCUACUGCAUUUUAUACUGCCUGAUUACCUGUUGUCCAUUGGCUGUUCAGUGUACAGUGUGUGUUUAAGUGCUGAAAUAUCUUACAUUUGUAUUCCACCUAAAUCCUGAUUCUCUCUAAUAAAAUCUUUU